GAUUUCUGCUCGAGAUCCGAAAUGAAACGCAGAUUUACGGUUUCGGUCAUCCUUUCUCGAUGCUCUCUCGCUUCUAGUUGGAUAUUCUACAGUGAAUACUUCUACAACUACCAGAAUGAAGGAAGAGUGGAAUGGGUCUAUGGAGACGGCUUCGCGCAUAACUUGAAUAACGUCAACAACCUAGUCUCGUCUCUCAGGUUUGUCGGAGACGAAGACAACUGGAAAAUGGACUCGAUUACACUUUUCGAGUUCGAUUUAUUCUUCGGGAUCGAAUACUACGAUUGGACGGACAACACCCAAGUGCCAAGCGGGAUGUCCACGGUGGGGUCCCUCAUCAUCACGGGCCAAAAUUAUUGGACCGUCUACACGUCCACGAACUUCAGCGGGAACCGAGCCUGCUUGCAGGUCCAGUCCGGACAGUACGUGGGAUUCGCUGCGGAUCUGGACGAGUACGGCAUCUUUACGGUCAGGUCCUACCGGCGAGGGUGUUUUGGCGACAAGAAGAUCACUCUCAACUCAGAUCAACACGGCUUCGCCGUCAAAGCCAGGGAAUAAAUCGACCACUCGCCUGUCCCAUCAGAAAUAAAGUUGUGGAGCCUCG